CAGCCUUCUCUCUCUUCCCUCCCCUUCUCUCUCUACCCAUGGCGAUUCGGGGAAGAAACCCUAACCCUAUCUUUCUCUCUCUAGCUCUCUUCUCUCUCCUCUCCAUCGCUUCUGCGAAAGUCUUCUUUGAGGAGCGAUUCGAUGAUGGAUGGGAGAAUAAGUGGGUUAAAUCCGAAUGGAAGAAAGAUGAGAACAUGGCUGGGGAAUGGAACUACACCUCUGGUAAAUGGCAUGGAGACCCGAAUGAUAAAGGUAUCCAAACAAGUGAGGACUACAGAUUCUAUGCUAUAUCAGCUGAGUUCCCUGAAUUCAGCAACAAAGAUAAGACAUUAGUUUUCCAAUUUACUGUUAAACAUGAACAGAAGCUUGACUGUGGUGGUGGAUACAUGAAGUUGCUCAGUGGUGAGGUUGAUCAAAAGAAAUUUGGUGGUGAUACCCCAUACAGCAUCAUGUUUGGACCUGAUAUCUGUGGCUAUACCACCAAAAAGGUCCAUGCUAUUCUUACACGAGAUGGAAAAAAUCACUUAAUUAAGAAGGAUGUUCCUUGUGAGACUGACCAGCUAUCCCAUGUUUACACUUUCAUCCUCAAGCCAGAUGCUACCUACAGCAUCCUCAUUGACAACGUUGAGAAACAGACUGGUAGUCUGUACUCUGAUUGGGAUAUUCUCCCUCCAAAGAAGAUCAAGGAUCCUGAGGCCAAGAAACCUGAAGAUUGGGAUGAGAAGGAGUACAUUCCUGAUCCUGAAGAUGAGAAGCCAGAGGGAUAUGAUGACAUCCCGAAGGAGAUACCGGAUCCUGAUGCAAAGAAGCCUGAAGAUUGGGAUGAUGAGGAAGAUGGUGAAUGGACAGCUCCAACCAUUGCCAACCCUGAGUACAAGGGACCAUGGAAGCCAAAGAAAAUUAAGAAUCCCAACUACAAGGGAAAAUGGAAGGCACCAAUGAUUGACAACCCAGAGUUCAAAGAUGACCCAGAGAUCUAUGUUUUCCCCGAUUUGAAGUAUGUGGGCAUUGAACUCUGGCAGGUGAAAUCAGGGACCUUGUUCGACAAUGUCUUGAUUUGUGAUGAUCCAGAGUAUGCAAAGCAAUUGGUAGAAGAAACAUGGGCCAAGUACAAGGAUGCUGAGAAGGCAGCAUUUGAUGAGGCAGAGAAGAAGAGGGAAGAGGAGGAAUCGAAGGAGGACCCAGUUGACUCUGAUGUCGAGGAUGAAGAUGAUGCUGAUGCUGAUGCUGCCGAGGCAGAAGACUCUGAUUCUGAAGCCAAAUUAGAAUCAGAAACAGGCAAGGAAGCUGACAGUGAUGAUGAAGAAGACAAGCAUGAUGAGCUGUAGGGUGAGCCGACUACAAUAUCAUGCUGACAAAUUGGUCUUGAAGAUAAAGCUUGAGCUCAAAGAAUUUUUCUUUGUUUUUUACGUUUUUAUUUUAAUUUUAGUCGGUAGGGUGAGAAAACGGUUGAGGGCUUGAGACUGCUUGGCUGAUUGCCUUUAGAACACAUUGGUUGUCUUGAGUUAUUAGGUGGGGGACUAAAAGGAAAACCAUUUAUGCAGUGUAAUGGAGCUUCCAAUGACGUGAAAUUUUUCCUUAGAAAUGCUUUGUUUUCUCCGUA